CGGAGUUCUCCGUAGAUAAAUCACAUUACAUAUAUGCACCAGGGCUCCAAAAUGUCCUCCCAGCCUGGCCUGACUCCUGACCAAGUCGCCUUCUUUAGGGACAAUGGCUAUCUCGUGAUACCCAACUACCUUUCCCAAGACACGCUCUCGAACCUCCUCUCCACCACGACUGACCUGCUCGACUCCUUUUCCCUCUCCUCCCAUCCCCUCACCCGCUUCACCACCGGAGACGACGAGACCGACACGAACAAUGCAAAACAUGUGGGUGACGAAUACUUCCUCACCUCCGGUGACAAAAUUCGCUUCUUCUUCGAGCCGGACGCCUUCUGUCCCACCUCCGGCAAGCUCUCUCGGCCCAAACAUCUCGCCGUAAACAAAAUCGGCCACUCCCUCCAUACCCUCUCCCCGCCUUUCGCAAACAUAACCCAGGAUGGACUUCUCGGCGCCAAAAACGCCGCCAUCGCAAAGUCCCUGGGCUUCCGUGACCCGCGCGUCCUGCAGAGCAUGGUCAUCUGCAAGCAGCCCGGCAUCGGUGCCGCUGUGCCGCCGCACAAGGAUUCGGAGUUCUUGUUCACGGAUCCACCCAGCGCGGUGGGAUGGUGGUAUGCUUUGCAGGAUGCUGGCCGGGGGAAUGGUGGGCUCGGGUUCUGGAAGGGAAGCCACAGACGUGGCAGGGUCCGGCGGAGAUUUGUCCGCCGCAAGCCUGGCGAUGUCAGCGCGGGAACAGAUUUUAUCGAUUGGUCUGGGCCCGGGUUGGCGAAGGAACUGGACGGGGAAGCGGGUGAUGAUUACGUUCCUGUCGAUGGGGACUUUGAGAUGCUGGAUAUUCCUGCAGGGUCGUUGGUGUUAAUUCACGGGAAUGCGCUGCAUAAGAGCGAGAAGAACACGAGUGAGAAGAGCAGGUUCGCGUAUACAUUUCAUGUUAUCGAGGGGGAUGAAGGUUGGAACUACGAUGACCGGAAUUGGUUGCAGCCACCGGAGGACGGGAAAGGAUUCACAAGGCUCUUUGCCGGCAAGGGAUAAGACAAGGCAGUGUGCGAGGAUUAUUAUCAAGAUGGGUUUCGAUUUUUGGCGGUAUAUGCUUCGUUUAUUCUGUCUAAAUCCAACAGCUCGCUCGAGG